GACCACAAUGCUGACGAUGACAUUCCUGGUGCUGGAUAGCCGUAACGACCUGCCCAAAGUGGCCUACUCUACAGCCCUGGAUGUGUACGUGUGUAUGUGUUUCUUCUUCAUCUUCGCCUCCAUCGUGCAGUUCGCCGCAGUGCAUUUCUUUACCAAAUACGGCACGGCAGACCCAGAGCUGCUCCAGCAUAUAGCGGACACUGACGAAGAUGAGGACGUUGAUGACGACGAUGAUGAUGACGGUGAUGAUGAUGACGGCUACCCGUCGUACGGCGUGAAUCAUAAGGGGACCAGGCUGCAGUCUUCUGGGCUGUCAGGUUGUCUGAAGACGGCCUGGAGGUGUGUUAUGAGCACACGGAGGAAACGAUUUAACAAAAAUGUUCGAAACUCGAUCGGCUUGAACAGCGUGAGUAAAAUCGACAAAGUGGCGCGAAUCCUGUUCCCAGCAGCCUUUUCUGGUCUCAAUAUAAUCUACUGGAUGUCCUAUCUGAGAUGAAUAUCCCUGCACCAGCAUCCAAGGUGUACAGUAAUGUACGUCACUGUCACACAUUCAGCACCUGAGUUCGAUUUCAGUGCGUGAGAAAUUUCUAUCGAGUAUCUCGGUCUCUUCUGCUGGGACAUAAGAGUUUCUCUCAACUGCGGUUGCCCCUGACAGGCAGGAUCGAAGCUCAACUUAUCAAUGAUCUAAAUAAUGUUGAUGAAGGCGUAAUAACACAAACUUAAAAAAAAAGAAGAAUAUUCCAGCUUCGACCAGUUAGUUCUUUAGAGGACUUUGUCCAUCUCUCGCCUUUUGUUUCCGGGGUUUUAGUGUCCUUCUCAAAACAAAGUAGACAUUUUGAAAAUGGAGGUCUCUUUUUCAUGGUGAAGACACCGAGGCUAUAGGGGUAGGGGAAACUGUUCCAGAAAGGGUGAGAAAAAUAAACUGCAUCCCCACUGCAAGGUUAUAAUAAGUAACAUUAUGUUUCAGAAAGAACGAGAAAAAUAAACUGGUUCCCCACUGUAAACUUACAAAAAGUAACAUUAUGUUCUUGAAAGAAAGCGCUCUUAAAAUGGUGCCAAAAGAUACUGAUCUGUUAAACACCAUUUUGACAGCCUGCCCGCGAGGGAUAUUACAUUUUGUUUGGGUUUUUUUAACGUUUAGAAUUUGAAUUAUGAAUAUGAAUCGGUUUCAAAUCGUAUUACAUUCUUCUUAGAAGCUUUUCAGUUAAGCCGGUGACUGAGUUUUCAGUUCCAACUUUUCAAAACCAUUAAAAAAACAGAGAUGGUGGGCACUAGACUAGUACCCCCCCCCUCACCCUUUCUACUUUUCCAAACCCUUUUCUGCUUGCAAUAAAUGGUGUAAACUAUUCCAAGCAUUCCAGGAACAUUGUCAGAAAUGUUUAGUCAAGGUCUCUCCAAUGAUUUAUAUGGGCUUCAUUAUCAUUAAUUUUCAAGAAUCCUGUUAUAAAAGCACAUAAUUUUCCGUCAGCAUAGUCAAGUCCACGAGGUGCAAUACUAGAAAAAAAUGUAUUUACAUAUUCAGACCCUCGAAAACAUACUAAAUAGUUUUUUUCUACCAACAGGUGGGCAGCAAUGCAAUCGUGUUAUACGAAACACCUAAAGCUUUUAAGGGCACUUCAUAUCUUUGAAAGGUUCCUAGAGUAUCUAGUCUAUUUUUAAAAGUUAUAACAAAAAA